CUGAUAUGGCAGACGUCACGGCUUGUGUAGGGGAGUAUAGGCUGUGUUGUCAGCCUGGUGUCAGUCUGAUGAAGAUUGGCAUUCAGACUGUCUGGAGGGCAGUGUGCUGUCGGAUCGACUACAAUAUCAGAUGCUCCGAUGCUGAGAACAAGCAAACUGAUCUCCAUGUGAAGCUAUCCCAUGAUGCAACAUGUGUCCCCAGCACCAGCAUUGACCAUGAUGGCCACACAGAGUGUUCCUCCACCAUCGUACCAGGAGAGCCAACAGAUGACAGGCACUACGCAGCAAAACUCAAAGGCCCAGCAUGUCCACCUCUCUGCAGCCUCAGCGGCAGGGGCCACCCAGGUCAGCGUGACCCUUGACCCCCAAGCCCAACUGGAGUCAGACAAACGGGCCGUUUACAGGCAUCCUCUUUUUCCUCUUCUGGCGUUGCUGUUUGAGAAAUGUGAACAAGCCACGCAGGGAUCAGAAUGCAUCACCUCCGCCAGCUUUGACGUCGACAUCGAGAACUUCGUCCACCAGCAAGAGCAGGACCACAAGCCUUUCUUCAGCGAGGACCCUGAACUAGAUAACCUGAUGGUGAAAGCAAUCCAGGUGUUGCGGAUCCACCUGCUGGAGCUGGAGAAGGUGAACGAGCUCUGUAAAGACUUCUGCAACCGUUACAUCACCUGCCUCAAGACCAAGAUGCACAGUGACAAUCUGCUACGGAACGACCUGGGCGGCCCGUAUUCGCCAUCACAGACCAACCUCGGCCUGCAGCAGGACCUACUUCAGAACUCACCCCCGUCCCUCACCUCUGUCUCCAGCACGGUAAACCCCUCUGGGAUUGUGGUCCCUGCCGGUUCGCUGCAACAGAACAACGUUGCCAUGACCACUAUCAACUCUCAGGUGGUCUCAGGUGGGACGCUUUAUCAACCAGUGGCAAUGGUUACCUCACAGGGGCAGGUGUUGACCCAGGGGUUACCACAGGGAACCAUCCAAAUCCAAAACAAUCAGGUGAACCUGGACUUGUCCUCACUCUUGGACGGCGAUGACAAGAAAUCAAAAAACAAAAGAGGCGUCCUUCCCAAACAUGCCACAAACAUUAUGCGCUCCUGGCUCUUCCAGCAUCUCAUGCAUCCUUAUCCUACAGAAGACGAGAAAAGACAGAUCGCAGCACAAACGAAUCUGACCUUAUUACAGGUGAACAACUGGUUUAUCAAUGCCCGCAGGCGUAUACUGCAACCCAUGCUGGAUGCCAGUAAUCCUGACCCUGCUCCCAAAGCCAAGAAGAUGAAAUCUCAGCACAGACCCACACAGCGCUUCUGGCCCGACUCCAUCGUAGCUGGAGUCCUGCAGACACACGGAUCCCACUCCACAAACAAUUCAGACAAUUCUCUUGGCAUGGAUGGCCUACAGCCUCUGUCCUCAGACUCCGCCACACUGGCGAUGCAGCAAGCCAUGCUGGGAGGAACUGAGGACUCCAUGGACGGCACAGAGGAGGAGGACGACGAAGAGGAGGAAGAGGAGGGAAUCGACGAGGAGGAAGACGAAGAAGAAGAUGAAGAAAGCGAGGGAGGCAGACAGAUGGCUCGGAGAGAUCUGGGCCUCAACCACAACGAAGGACUUGUUGCCAGCAUGUCUAUCGCCAACGCGGCCGCACAGGCGAUGCUCUCUGAUGCCCUGCUGAGGGAUACUAAUGGGGACAAUCGCAUUCAACACCUGGAGCUGGAUUUGCCAUUGGAUAAAGUCAUCAAGUUCGUUUCUGUGGGCCUGCCGCUCCUUCUGGUGUCAAUGGCCUUUGCCAGAGAGAUUUCUAUCGGCCCACAGAUUAGCUGCUUUCCACCCAACAACUUCACAGUAAAGCAGGCAGCAUAUGUGGAUACGUACUGCUGGGACUCUCUCAUGCACCAUGAGUUUGACACAGAUGGGAACUUAGAAGAACGUUCACUCUGGGUACAUAAAAUGUUUCCAUACUCCUUAUUGGUCAUGGCCAUGGUGAUGUACCUGCCGGCUCUGAUUUGGCGGUAUCUUGCCGUCCCCAGCCUGACCUCUGAUCUGUUUUUCAUCAUCGACGAGCUGGACAAGUCUUACAACCGCUCUGUCCGCCUGGCUCAAAACAUCCUGGACCUAAAACAGCAAUCAGAACACCCACUGCAAUUUCAGGCUGAGCUUGAGAGAGCCAAGCGCAAGCGUUACUUUGAGUACCCCCUGCUGGAGAGAUACAUGCAGUGCAAGCACAGCUCCUACUUCCUGGUCAGCAUGCUCUUCCUGCGAGGCUUCCUGCUCCUGACCUUCAUGUCCGCCUCGUGCCUAUACCUGAUCUACUUCCACCUCUCCGCCUUUCUACAAGACGAAUUCAGUUGCUUCGUGCGCACCGGCCUCCUCCGCGACCAGCCCUGGGUGCCUGAGCUAGUUCAGUGUAAAAUGACUGGCCUACUUGUGUUCCAGGUCAUUAGCGUAGCUAACGGUGCCGUCUAUGUGCUGCUAGCUCCGAUUGUUCUCUUUAGCCUAUUGCGUUUGUUCUGUUGGGACACAACCUUCCUCUCCCUUUACGAGGUGCUGCCCGGACUGGGGCUCAUGAGCGGUCAGAAACUGGGCUGCCCGCUUAACGAUCUCAACGUGCUGCUCCUCUUCCUGCGCGCCAACGUAGCGCAGCUGCGAUCGUACAGCCGCCUGAGGGCCGUUUGCUCCCUGGCACCUCCUCGACUGAAGGGCGCUAAGGGCGCGCUGACGGGGGAGCAGGCUGAAGAGGCGGCUGAGGCCGCCGAGGAGCUCGAGGAGGAGAUUAGAGAGGCCAGAGAGGAGGGCAAACUCAAUCUAGUAGACAUCAUGACUGUGCUGGGAGCAGCCAAAGGAAACACAGUGAACUGUUCAGAGCAGCGCCCUCUUGUGGAACAAGACAUGACGCUUGAGCCUAACCACCAGGGGUACCAUGAGUUGAAGGAGACUACAACUUGUUGUUUUGCCUAAAGCAGCAGCCAAUGGACUGAACCAGCACUGUCAGACUCUAGAGGGCCCCGUAGAACAGCUAAACCUCUGAGAUGAAAUAAAGAUGAAGAUAGACUAGAACAUCCAAUAGCUAGAACUCCUCCAUUAUAGUCCAGACUCAUUAAAAUAUCUGGAUUUAAAUAAUUCUUACACAAAUCACCUCAGGAAUAAAAAAACUCAAAGUCUGUACUAUUUGAAAAGCCUCCAGUAGUUCGCCUUCUUAAACUUGAGCAUUUUUAAAUAUCUUUAUUUAUUCUUUUCAUUCUUAUUAUCUGAUUUUUGUGGAUUCCAUACUUCUUUGAAAACUGGAUGCUUGACCUUUUGUUCUCUUUUGUAAGUAGGUGAAAUAAAAUUUGUUUGUAUUUG